AUGGAAGAUAUUGAUAAAGAUGAAGAUGGCCUAAUAUCUCUUUCAGAGUAUAUUGGUGAUAUGUAUGAAGUACUAGAAACUAUGGAAGAUAUUGAUAAAGAUGAAGAUGGCAAAAUAUCUCUUUCAGAGUAUAUUGGUGAUAUGUAUGAAGGUACAGAAGAAGAAGAGGAACCAGAAUGGUUUUCUAUUGUAGUACUAGAAACUAUGGAAGAUAUUGAUAAAGAUGAAGAUGGCAAAAUAUCUCUUUCAGAGUAUAUUGGUGAUAUGUAUGAAGGUACAGAAGGAGAAGAGGAACCAAAAUGGUUUUCUAUUGUAGUACUAGAAACUAUGGAAGAUAUUGAUAAAGAUGAAGAUGGCAAAAUAUCUCUUUCAGAGUAUAUUGGUGAUAUGUAUGAAGGUACAGAAGAAGAAGAGGAACCAGAAUGGUUUUCUAUUGUAGUACUAGAAACUAUGGAAGAUAUUGAUAAAGAUGAAGAUGGCAAAAUAUCUCUUUCAGAGUAUAUUGGUGAUAUGUAUGAAGGUACAGAAGAAGAAGAGGAACCAGAAUGGGUGAAAAAUGAGAUAGAGCAGUUUUCUAGUUAUUAUUAA